CCUUCCUCUUGUUGACGUGCUGUCAAAACAACAAAACUGCACGUGUGAAAAUGCGUAUUGAAACUUGUUAUUUUUGCUCUUCCAGGAUUUAUCCUGGCCAUGGGAUUCAAUUUGUGAGAAAUGAUUGCAAGAUUUUCAGAUUUUGCCGUUCAAAAUGUCACGCAGCAUUCAAAAAGAAGAAGAACCCACGUAAAACUAAAUGGACUAAAGCUUUCCGUAAAACGGCAGGCAAGGAAUUGGCAAUUGAUCCAUCAUUUGAGUUUGAAAAGCGUCGACACGCUCCAGUCAAAUACAACAGAGAAUUAUGGACCAAAACCAUCGAGGCAAUGAAGAAAGUGGAAGAAAUUCGUCAGAGACGCUCUAAUAACUACAUAAUGCAGAGAUUGAGGAAAGGCAGGGAAGUGGAAUGGCAAAGAGAUGUUCGGGAAGUUCAACGAGAUAUCUCGUUAAUACGAUCACCAGCAGCCGGCUUAAAACAGAGACAAGCCCUAGAAGCAACUGACAUGGAAGUUGAACCUGAAACUAUCGAGGUUGUUGAUGCUAAAGGAAGAAAACAGGUCAUCGAGGCUCCAGUGGUGGUACCCGCUACUGCAGAAAUGUUAAUUGAUGGAGGAGAAGUUGAAUUGUAAAAAAAGAUAAAUUC